UAGGGUUUAAAUUCUCUGGUUAUCGAGAAAGGUUCUUACUUGAUCUCAGUUAGGCGAUCGAGAAUGGAGACAGAACACGUUGGUCUUAGGGUUAGGGUUUCUGAUGAUGAAGACCGUAAAAUCUCGCGACGGGACCUUGAGACUAGUGGUGGAGAUAAGAUUAAUUCUCAUGAAGAAUUAGCCAGGCGAGAUGACAUCGCUUUCAAGCAAGGACGCAUGAUGAAUGAUGUGAAAGACAAGAGCAGCAUAGAGUACCAACGUCUUACAUGGGAUGCUCUCCGUAAAAGUAUCGAUAGCCUCGUGAACAAGGUUGACGCAAGCAACAUCAAGAACAUAAUCCCUGAACUCUUUGCUGAAGAUCUCAUCAGAGGAAGGGGACUUUUCUGCCGUUGCUGUAUCAAGUCUCAGAUGGCAUCUCCUGGACUUACUAACGUAUAUGCAGCUCUAGUCGCUGUUGUCAACUCCAAGUUCCCUCAAGUUUCGUUUCUUCUAUUGAAAAGAGUCGUUCUUCAGCUAAAGAGAGCAUAUAAGCGUAACGACAGGCCUCAACUUCUUGCUUCUGUUAAAUUCAUAGCUCAUCUAGUGAACCAACAAGUCUCUGAUGGGAUCAUUGCACUUGAGUUACUCACUCUACUUCUUGAAGACCCAACUGAUGACAAAGUCGAGGUAUCUGUUGGGUUUGUGACAGAGUGUGGCGCCAUGCUGCAAUACCUUACACCAGAAGGAAUGCAUGGGAUUUUUGAGCGGUUUCGUGGUAUACUGUAUGAGAGAGUGAUAGACAAGAGAGUUCAGUACUUGAUUGAAAGGCUCUUUGCUAUUAGGAAAGCUAAAUUUCAGGGACGACAUCAGGUGUUUCUUCCUGAGCUAUAUCUCGUGGAAGAACAAAUUUCACACGAUGUCUCUCUUGAUCAAGAAAUUGAUCCUGAAACUGGUCUUGAUGUUUUCCACUUCAUUGACAAGGAAGAAGAUGAUGAAGAAAUGAGAAUAAGAGAUGAGACAGAGACUAAUCUUGUUAAUCUUAGGAGGAAAAUUUACCUGAGCAUCAUGUACAACAAUGGUUUUGAGGAAGCAGGUAACAUUAAGCUUGAACCAGGACAAGAAAUAGAACUAUGCACAGUGCUCUUGGAAUGUUGCUUUAAGGAGAAAACUUAUCUGCCUUACUACGGUUUGUUGGGUCAGCGUUUAUGUAUGAGCAACAAGAUCCAUCAAGACAAUUUUGAGAAAUGCUUUGUUCAGAACUACUCCAUGAGUCAUCUUCUUGAGACAAACAAGUUGCAUAACGUGGCUACGUUUUUUGCUCAUUUACUUAGCACAAAUGCUCUCUCGUGGCAUGUGCUUGCUUACAUUAGGUUAACUGAAGAGAACACAACUCCCUCAUCUCGUAUCUUUGUUAAGAUCAUUUUCCAGAAACUGUCAGACGACUUGGGGAUUGAGGAACUCAAUGAGAGGCUUCAGGAUCCACUAUUGCAGGAAUUACUUGAAUCUUCUAUCUUCCUUAAAGAUAGUCCAAAGAACACGAGUUUUGCAAUCAGCUUCUUUACAUCCAUUGGUCUUGGAGGCAUCACAGAGAGUCUCAGAGAGUAUCUCAGGGAGCAGAAGCAAGCUGCGGAGUCAGAAUAAGGAUACGACAGUCCUGGUUCCGAGUCUGUCUCAUCAUCUUCUUCUACUUCGGAUGAAAGCGACAGAGAGAUGAGGAAGCCAAGAAGAUCUUGAGACGACUGUUUUGUUUCACCAAAAUUCUUGAAAUCUUCACAUCUUGUUUUGGUGAUCUACAACCUGUUUAUGUUCUUGCAUAUCAGUGAUAAUAAGCUCAUUACAUAUC